UUGCGAUUUUGAGCAUCAUUGAUUUUUUAUUAAAAGCCUCCCAACGAUUCUAUCUUUAAGCAGCACACGAGAAGAGAAGAAGCGACAAACGCAGCACACAUUCAAGAUGGAGCCUCGUGCGCGCGCCGGCAAGAAUGUCGGCAAAAUGAACUUUUCCUACGCCGAACUGGCACAACUCCUCUACGCCCACGGCGACAUCAAAAAUCCCAUGCCCGAAACCGUCCGCGUGCUGGACGAGAUCCUCACCGACUUCAUGCAGUCCAUCGCCUUCGAAGCGAACCGCGCGGCGAACUACUCGGGCCGACAAAAGAUCAAAUACGAAGACUUUGAGUUUGCCUUUCGGAAGAACCCUUUGUUUCUGGGCAAGGUGCAAGAGGUUUUCGAGAAGCAAAAGGAGAUCAAGAAGGCACGAGAAAUUCUGCGGGAUGGUGAAGAUGAGAUUAUGAAGGAUGCAGUGGAGGAGGAGAAAAAGAAGGAAAAGGAAAAAGAUAAGGAAAAAGAGAAGCCGAAGACGAAUAGGGUGGAAGAGGAGCUGGGUGAAGCAGAUGAUGAUGCUGAGGCGGAAGCAGAUGCUCUGGGUAAGAGGAAGUAAUGGUGGUUGUUCUUGGAAGGACUUCGACUGGGCCGUUUAUGUCCUCCUUUUUUUUCUGCUUGAUUUUAAAAGGCAUUGUUCUGGAGUUUAGGGCGGCACAAAGCAUGUGAUAGAUGCUUGGUACAUUGGUAGGAUCGGCGUUUUGGAGGUCUUCUUCUUUUCCUUUUUUAUUAGCACACACUUACAGCUUAAUGGAUGCCAGCUGAUCAAUACCACAAUUUACGCGAUCCUUC